AUGUUGGAGUUCAUGGAUUAUGUGCAGUUUGCAUUUUACAAUGCGACGAAAUGGAACUAUGAGAAUUCAUAUUCGCAGUUGACUGCUACUGCUAAAGCACUUCUGGAUUUUGAAACCCCAGGCGGUCUGCGAUUUAAUCUCUCGUCACUCAGCUCUCCCAACUUCGCAACUUCGUAUGCACUAGGUAGUGUCGGGCUUGUAGAUGGCUCUCUUUCCUACCUCUAUUCUUCGUUGCAUCUCCAUACCACUUCGCAGAGUGCGAAGAUUGAUUUGCAUCACAUAAUACGAGGAUACCGACAAAUACAAGAGCUUAGAAAGGUUGAUGAAUCAUGGAUGUGGGAACAAUGGCACGGGGGCAGACGAGUUGAUCAACGAGAUACAUUACUUUAUGGACGACUUUAUCUACCGCAGAGCACGCUUGAAGCGCUUUAUUUGAGACGGAUCAGUCCAACGCAGCAAUUGAGGAUUACAGCUGUUAGUGAUAGUAGGCUGAGAAAUGGAGGAACGAUGUUAGCUCUGCAUCAAUACGAUACAGGGAAAUAUAGUACUGAGACGUUGUAUUCGACUGAUGGGGGAUUACUGGGAUUGAGAGGGUUGUAUAAUUUCGGACCGGAUCCUAGGAAAGAAAUCACAGAGCCGCCAAAACAGAUGUCAAGGAUCGAUGAUAAAUUCUAUGGACGAUUCAGCGCAGGAGCGGAGCUUUAUUAUGGAACUUUGAACAAAUCGGGAGGUGUUAGUGUUGGAGGGAGGUUCGCCACAUUGCCGGCGCAUAAGGGGAUACCUUUGACAGCCACGUUGACGCUCAAUCCAUUGAUGGGGAACAUUAGUUCAACAUAUGCUGUAAAAGCAGGCAAGAACCUAUCCCUAUGUUCAAGGCUAGACUUCAAUGUCUAUAGCUACGAGAGUGAUCUGGUCCUUGGGUGCGAAUUGUGGAAGAUGAAAGCACCAGUCGAGGAGCGCAGAGUGAGAAGCAUGGAAGCGAAGCUUGCAUGGAAACUCGACGAAGUGGAUUUGGAAAAGGAAAAGAAACCUGAAGAGGUCGCCGGAGUUUUAAAAGCAAGAGUUGACCAGAACCUAAAGGUUGGUUUGGUAUGGGAGGGUAGAGUCAAGGAGUUAUUGUUUACUCUGGGAACUUCAAUUGAUAUGAAGAGGAGAGAUCAACCGUUCAAGGCCUUGGGACUAGAAUUGCAAUAUUCUUCGUGA